GGGCUAGAUCCCUUGCACUCCAACUAAACAUGACUUCCCUACAGGAUCUUGACUAUCCACAGCAACUCCUUGAAUAUAAAGAUGGCUUUCUUGUUUCUAAGACUAUGUUUACAGCCUGUGAACUGGGAAUAUUUGAUUUGUUGCAUAAGUCAGAUGAAGCUUUAUCUGCCCUGACUAUAUCUUCUCACCUGGGCACCAGCGCGGAUGGAACAGAUCGCCUCCUUAGUGCCUGUGUCGGACUAAAGCUACUGAAAGUUGAAAUGAAAAAUAAUGAAGCUUUCUUUUCAAAUACAGAUGUCUCUGAUGUUUAUCUGGUACAAUUAAGCCCAAGAUCGCUCUAUCACAUGAUGAUGUAUUAUUCCCAAACAUUGUACAAGUGCUGGCACUUCUUACCUGAUGCUAUAAGGGAAGGCAAAAGCCAGUACGAGAGAGCUUUCGGGGUAUCUUCAGGGGAUAUAUUUAAAGCUCUGUACAGAUCAGAAGAAGAGAUGGUCACGUUCAUGCAUCAUAUGGAUUCAGUGUGGAAUAUAUGUGGCAAGGACAUUAUUGCUGCCUUUGAUUUAUCUUCUUUCAAUGAAGUCUGUGAUUUAGGAGGUUGCUCAGGGGGUCUUGCCAAGCAGCUUCUUUCUAUUUAUCCUUCUUCUUCAGUGACUAUUCUGGAUCUGCCUGAAGUAGUGCAAACUGCAAAGAAACACUUCAUAACCGAUGCAGACUGCAACAUUGCUUUUCUUCAAGGAAAUUUCUUUAAUGAUCCCAUUCCGGAAGCAGACCUGUAUAUAAUGGCUAGAAUCAUCCAUGACUGGACACAAGAGAAAUGUCUUCAACUACUAAAUAAAAUAUAUAAGUCCUGCAGACCAGGAGGAGGGGUUCUGCUAGUUGAAGUUCUGCUGAACGAGGACAGAAGUGGCCCAUUGACUUCCCAGUUGUAUUCGCUGAACAUGUUGGUACAGACAGAAGGGAGGGAAAGGAGCCCAUGUGAAUACACCAAACUUCUGGCUCAUUCUGGCUUCAGGGAUAUUCAAGUGAAAGCAACUGGAAAGAUCUACGAUGCUAUAUUGGGGAGAAAGUAAACUAAUAUGCGCCUGUUUGGGGAAAAAAAAGCUGAAUAUUUUAUUUCACUUUCUUAACUACUUAUUUAAUAUUUUCAUAUUACAUAAUUUGCUAUAGUAGACUGGGGAUUAUUUUGAAUGUUUAACUUUAGUUAGACUUAUACUAAAUCUACAUCUACUGCUUGCGGUUUUAUAUAUGGUCCAAUGCAUGAAAAAACUUUGAUGCAUGUUUUUCUCUUAGGUAAAAUAAAAGGGCCAUGGUAAAACUGCGUGCUCUCUUUUUUUUCCCCUUAAAACAUUGCUUAAAGGGAUACUGUCAUGGGACAAAACGCAUCAGU